AUGCUGGCUGCCCGCGGUUGUCGGUUUUCACAGCAGUUCCUCUCCAAAACGACCAGGAAUACCUGUGUUUUACGAUGUAUACAAGGCUAUUACUCAAGGAGCUUGUCGACGACCAGCUAUGAUCCCGUUAUUCGCGAAUUUGCAAGGGAAUUAUGCAAGAAACAGCCUAGUUUCGUAGUCAACCCUCGGAAUAUCGCGGUGCUCGGUGAGCCGAAGCAGUUCUUGGACAAAUUACUGGGCAUGAUUGGCCGUGCAAAGGAGAGAAUUUUUAUAUCUUCACUUUAUAUUGGUUCCAAGGAGACGAAGCUGAUGUCCGCAUUACAAGAUGCGCUGCGUCGAGAACCACAACUUCAAGUCUUCCUCCAAUUGGAUCUCAACCGUUCUACUCGGCCAGGAGAGUCCUCGACGGCCAGGAUCCUUCUCCCUCUCAUCCGUGAAUUCCCAGAGCGGAUUCACGUGUCUCUAUUCCGAAGCCCGCAUCUGAAAGGGAUUAUGGCGAAACUGGUACCUCCAAGGUUCAAUGAAGGAUGGGGAACAUGGCAUGCGAAGGUUUAUGGAGUGGACAAUGAGGUCAUGAUUAGUGGAGCCAACCUAAACAAUUCCUACUUUACCAACCGCCAGGACCGCUACCUACACUUCCAGGACCAACCGACUUUCGCUCAGUACUGUUUCGACUUCCUCAAGCUCGCGUCAACCUUUUCUUUCCGCCUUCUCCCUUCACAGGAAGGCAGCCAGACCCAAUCCUCAAAACACACGUAUCACAAAGAAGGGUAUACUGUCUCGUGGCCAGAUCCCGUCUCCCAUCCUCACCAAAUACAAGCCCAAGUUCGGAAUGCCCUAUCUGCUUUCCAAGAAACCCACCUUGCUCGGACGAACACUCAGGUCCUGCAAACUUCCGAAGAGAAUCAGAGCGUCGUCAUCUAUCCCAUUAUUCAAGCUGGCCAAUUCGGAAUUCAUGAGGAAGAGACGGUCUUCGAGUUGCUCUUUAAGCACCUCCGUUCCAUGGCGCCUAAGCGACCACUUCUUGACUUGACAAGCGGCUAUUUCAGCUUGUACAAACCGUAUCAAACCUUGAUUCUCUCGACGUCCAACGUGGACUGUAGGAUCAUUGCUGCAAGUCCCCAAGCGAAUGGGUUCUACGGGUCGGCAGGAAUAUCAGGCCUCAUUCCCGAAGGUUACACCCUCUAUGAACAACGGUUCAUGAAAGCUGUACAAAGCGCGAAACGGCUUUGGACUGAGAGUCCUGCUGAUGGACAGGGACACGGGGUCUCGCUCGUUGAAUGGGCCAAGCCUGGAUGGACGUAUCACGCCAAAGGGAUCUGGCUCUCUCCGGACGCCUCUUCGCAUCCGAUCCUGACAUUAUUUGGAUCUACGAAUCUCAACGCCCGCUCGGCUCACCUCGACACGGAACUGUCCUUCCUCAUGAUCAUACCAUCGGGGUCGACCCCACCACCACCAUCAACUUCUGGCCCUGACAUGGGAGAAUCGCCAGAUUCGCCUGUCUCGGAGCUGAGAGCCCGUCUGGCACAGGAAAUAUCUCAUAUCAGGGAAAGUGCUGUUCCAUGGCAGGGAGCGCAGCGAAAGGUUCGAAGCAUCACUCGACUUCUCGUGCGCAUCCUCAAGGGCAUGCUAUAA